UUCCUUCUCUUUAGUUUUUUAGAAGAGUUUGAAAAGAAUUGGUAUUAGUUCUUCUUUAAAUAUUUGGUAGAAUUCAGGUCAUCAGUGAAGCCGUCAGGUCCUGAGUUUUCUGUAAAUUUUUUUCUCUCAAAUUUCUGAUAUAAUAUUUCACUUCUGUCUUUUAGAAUUGGUAGGGUGUCCCCCUUUUUCACAGAGAACAUACAGGCUUUUAAAAAUAAUCUGUUAGGUGAGUUGCAGAUUUCAUGAAAAGGCAUCAUUAAAUGACAUUACUUGGAUUAAUGUCAGUUUAUAAGAACCUGCCUAGCACCCAGAAAGCUCCCAAUGACUGAUCAGUGAGUUUGUUUCCUCCCCUAAGGCCUCUUUUCCCACCUGGAAGAUAAAAUCGAGGCAGGAGUCUUCACCCAGGGUAGUUUUCACCCCUGAGGCUAGUGGGCUGGAUAACCUGAGUCCUCUCUCCUCUAACUCUUACAGUGAUGCCCUGGCACCCUUCUGACAUUGCUUCUAAAUUUGAACAGGGUUGUAACCUUGUGGAAACUAGAACCACUGCCUGCCCUGACCCCCUAGAAAAGCAGAUACAUGUUGGCACAAAGGAUGUUUUCAAUAAAGACUUUGUAGUAGUAACCUUAAAAGACUAUUUAGUAGCAAAUACUAAAAUGUGUUUAGACUUUUAGUCUAGUCUUAAAAUACUUUGUAGUCACAAAUAAAGACUAAGAAAAUAGUUUUAUGUUAUGAACAUUUAUGAUCUUGGGAAUAAUUCCAGGCAUCAUUGUUCUUAAUUUCUUUUAAAUUCUUAAUGACUUACAAUCCUACCUUCAUGCCUGAUAAAAAAUAUGACAGUUUAUUCAGUAGUUUUUUAAAAUUCUUUUACAGUAAGUGGAAAUGUUUUCUAAUAUUUAAAAUAAAAAAACCUACAGAAGAAGAAAAUAAUUUUCUGGAUCAAAUUAGAAGUCUGUAUUAUAUUGUUAUCUCCAGAUUCAAAUAUAUUAGAAAGCAGUAGUGGAGACAACCAUAUUCAUCUUUGGGAGAAAUAAUUAAAGAUAUGUAUUAAGCUCAAGAUGAUAGCCUAAGUAACUUCACACAGCAUAUAAGAAGCUUUUAGUUAUGGUUAGGCAGUACUCAGAGUUUUAAUCUUCACACUUUUCAAGACAUGCAAGUUUAAUAAUUGUCAUCUGUAACGAUAUUUUUAAAACUUCAUGCCCCUAAUUACUGAAGCUGGGUGAUGAGAAUAUAAGGGUUCCCCAUACUACACUGUUUAUUUUUGUAUAUAUUUAAGUUUUUCCAGAUUUUAACAAAAAACCCACAAACUAUAGUAACACUUCAUUUGUUCCUUACUGAGUUUUCCAGGUAAAUUGAAGUUUGUUAAAAGUUUAUCGUGCCCAUGCUAGUUGAAGGUCAUGGCAAUCCGUUUUCCCCAAGCUUUUUUUAAAUCAAGCACUGGGGUGAUAUUCAUGUUGGUUGGAUGUCACCAUUGUCACUGAGUCUCGGAGCUGCUCACCAGAGUGGCUGCUGGGGCCCAUGAGUCUGUUCACUUCCCUCUAGCAGCCAGUCUGCCUGCCUUCCCUGCAGAAAUGACUUUAGGCAGCCAGACAGCCCUGUCCCCUGAGGUUGUUCUGGAGACACUACACCAUGUUUCUCUAACCUGUUCUCUUUUCAGUUGCAAUCUUCUUCUGCAGUCUUUUUGAUUGCAGAAGAGACAGGAUACAUUGAAAACGUGUUGACUUGCUUGCUUAUUUGCAGGCCACCUCAAGCAUUAGAACUACCAACAAACAACCCUGAUGCGACCUCUCCAGAUUGUCCCAAGUCGAUUGAUUUCCCAGCUGUAUUGUGGCCUGAAGCCUCCAGCCUCUACACGAAACCAGAUUUGCCUGAAAAUGGCUCGGCCAAGUUCAAGUAUGGCAGAUUUUCGGAAGUGUUUUGCAAAAGCAAAGCACAUAGUCAUCAUCUCAGGCGCAGGUGUUAGUGCGGAAAGUGGUGUUCCGACUUUCAGAGGAGCUGGAGGUUACUGGAGAAAAUGGCAAGCCCAGGACCUGGCGACUCCCCUGGCCUUUGCCCACAACCCGUCCCGGGUGUGGGAGUUCUACCACUACCGGCGGGAGGUCAUGGGGAGCAAGGAGCCCAACGCCGGGCACCGCGCCAUAGCCGAGUGUGAGACCCGGCUGGGUAAGCAGGGCCGGCGAGUCGUGGUCAUCACCCAGAACAUCGAUGAGUUGCACCGCAAGGCUGGCACCAAGAACCUUCUGGAGAUCCAUGGUAGCUUAUUUAAAACUCGAUGUACCUCUUGUGGCGUUGUGGCUGAGAAUUACAAGAGUCCAAUUUGUCCAGCUUUAUCAGGAAAAGGUGCUCCAGAACCUGGAACUCAAGAUGCCAGCAUCCCAGUUGAGAAACUUCCCCGGUGUGAAGAGGCUGGCUGCGGAGGCUUGCUGCGCCCUCACGUCGUGUGGUUUGGGGAAAACCUGGAUCCUGCCAUUCUGGAGGAGGUUGACAAAGAGCUCGCCCGCUGUGAUUUAUGUCUAGUGGUGGGCACUUCCUCUGUGGUGUACCCAGCAGCCAUGUUUGCCCCCCAGGUGGCUGCCAGGGGCGUGCCAGUGGCGGAAUUUAAUAUGGAGACCACCCCAGCUACGAACAGAUUCAGGUACUGGGAUACCCUGAUGGGAGAGGGCGAUGUGGGAGGCAGGUGCAGACAUAGUCAUCUAAACAUAGUUGACCUACUCCUCUAAUUUUUAAAAAAGACACAGGGUUUGUGUUUUUUUGUUUCAUCUGCAGUUGCUUUUAUGGAAGAACAAAAUCAUUCACUGUAGACUAAGGUAGGGUAGCUCUGUCAUUGUACAUGACAUUUGCCGUGGGACUUUUGUUUGUUCACAUUUUGAAAGCUCUUCUUUGAUUCCUUAGGCUUUGCUUUCCCUUACAUUUUUAAGCUAGACUUAGUGAUGGCCUUUAGUUGUAGGUUACCCAGAUGCUCCGCAAGUAAGCCUGGGAGAUGCCCUUGCAGAACCUCAUCACCUGCCGUUCUCACUGGGAGGCCACCUGGCAGAUUCCCCUUUGGUCUAAUCGCCAAGGUUAUCUGUAUCUGUGGCCAUAUUUUGACACUGAUCCUGCUUCCCAAGUUUGGGUGGGAAGUGUAGAUUGUCAUAGUAUGCAUUUUUAGUCUUAUUCCUGAGUCUGUUUUAUGUCUUCACCCUUCUGUCUUUUUUCUCACUCCAACAUUUUUUGCCUUUACUUCUUAUUCUUGUCCAUCUAGUUAAUUCCUUUUGAAUAAGUUAGACUAUAAAUAAGCAGUAAAUGAAUAUAAAUGAAUAAAAUAGAAAACUUCAUUGAAACAUCUUGUCAUUACUUUAAUCAGCAGUUUCCAACCUUGGCUGCAUAUUUUAAAAAUACUGAUGCCUGGGGGCCACUUCAUGAAAUUUCAGUGUCAUUGCUCUGAGUUGCAGCCCAGACAUCAUCAUUUGAUAAGCUUCCUAGGUGAUUCCAGUGUGCAGCCAGGAUAGGAACCACUCUUCAAAGUCUUUGCUGGGAUUUAAAAAAAAAAGGAAAAAAGAAAAGGGGCCACAGACACUUAAGUAGGCCCCUCCUCAGGUGAGUGAACUGGCUCUGGGCCUCUUCUUUUCCAUGUAUCUUUUUGAUCAGCUACAGCCUGUGUUCUUGAUCCAUAGUUCUUCAUUUGUGUGUGAGUAGUAGGAACUAAGAAGAUAGCCUUAAAAAAAAAUUGCCUCCUAUGCUAAAGUUAUACUUUGAAAACUACAGAACAUUGCUGAAAGAAAUAAAGAAGGCCUAAAUGAAUGGAAACAUAUCCAAUGUUCAUGGAUUGGACAACUUAAUAUGAUUAAGAUGGCAAUGCUCACCAAAUUGAUCUAUGGGCUCAAUCAACUCAGUCCUUAUCAAAAUCACAACUGGCUUUUUACAACAAUUAAUUGAAAAGAUUACUCUAAAAUUCAUAUGAAAAUGCAAGUGACCCAAAAUAGCCAAAACAAAAUGAAAAAUGAAGUUGGAGAACUCAUACUUCCCAGUUUCAAAACUUACUACAUAUUAGCUGGGCAUGGUGGCACAUGCCUAUAAUCCUAGCUACUUGGGAGGCUGAG